UCAAGGUUUAUUCAUGGAGUGUGUUUUGGAUCACGCAAGUUUCUUCGCGAAUGGAAACAAACAGGCCGCGAACUACGACAGCACUGUUUUCGUGUCCCAUCAGUAAAAUGUUUCUAUGUUAGGUCCAUGACAUACUGACAGUUUAUUUGCUAGAAGCUGGUAUUUUGGUGGACGCUUCGUCUUCUUGUGUUUUCUGGUGCGCGAGCGGCGCAGGAGGUCACAAUGUCACGGCCACGUUCAAGAUCACCUUUAUUUUCAAGAAACUCUACAUUGCCUGGGAGGCGAGAAGAUGGGUUCUAUGGAGAGCAGUACCAUUCAUCUGUGCGUUCAGAUCCGUGGAGAAAUCCAGAAAUUGUCAACAAAGUGCAAGGUAAUUCACACUGGGAUAAUGGUCCCUCUCAGGGAGAGGAAGAGGUUGACCACUGGGCCAAAUUUAUUGAGGCUAUAGGUCAUGCUAGAAGACGGAGGCCUUCACCCAAUUUAAGAUACCAAACACAGGAUGAUGUCCAGAGGUUUGAAGAGAAACCAUCUCACUCUCCAAGAAGACUGCCAAGGGAGAGGUUGUCUUCCCCUGAAGGCUCGCGUUAUGUGUCUGAAACGCAUCAGAGGAUUCCGUCGCCAGGCCGGAGGAGGAAUGAGCAUGAUGCCACUCAUUUUGACAGGCACCAUUCAAAUAGGGCCCACUGGGAUUCAAGAGGUUCCAGUCCUAGGCAUUCACAAGAAAAGAGACAUGACCGGAUGGAACAUGGACAUCAUAAUGAAGAAAGAUAUCAUGAGAGAGGCUCCUUUUCCGCGAGGUCUUUGAAGUCAAAUUAUAGGGAGGAUCACCCACAUCCUAAAAGAUUUAGAGGUUUGGAUCCACAAGAGGAAUAUAGUGUCACACAAAGGGGCUAUAGUCCACAUAAUGCUCCUGUUAUAGUGGAGCAUGAUCAUGGAAUUCCAAACCAUGAUGCAAGGAACAGGGAUCCUCAAAGGAGCCAUGAUCCACUUAGGAACCGAGAGCGUCCAAAGAGUAGAGAUCUUCAGAGAAUCAAUGACUUGCCACGAAGCAGAGAUCUUCCAAGAGGCAACGACUUAACAAGAGGCAGAGAUCCCCUUAGAACAAGUGAACCACCAAGAAGCGUGGAAUCACUCAAACAUAGGAGGGACCAUGACAAUCAUACAGGAAUCACACGUGAUAGGCGUGGUAGUUCAGCUAUCUAUCAUGGUGAUGAAGAAACAAGAUUGCAUCACCCUCCUGUUGAGAGAGGAAGUCCCAUGCGAGGUAGAUCACAGCAUUGGGAGCAAUCUAGAAUGGAUACGCAUGCAAGACAACACCAUGGACAGAGGACAAUGGAUCUGACUGGUGAUGUGGAUUUGAGAAAUGACAAGAGUAACAGAGCGAGAUCUUCUGAGCACGCAUGGGAGAAGGAGACAAAACCAGGAGGAAAUCAUGGUGGUGUUCUGCAACCAGGAACGUUUUCAAAAGGAAUUCCUCAUCAAAGAAACUUAAACACUAAUGCUGCUCCUGCGCCUCGAAUGGAUUUUACUGAGCAUGAAACUUUAAGGAUCAAAGUGGAUAUGAGUCGUCCUGUCGGCCAUAGCAGACACUUAGGUUAUUCUUCGGAAAGGCAGUUGUCACUCGACUUGGUCAAUGUGGGCAGACAGCGUCUUGACUUUCUGCCCAUGCUGGAGCAUUCUGGGACCUACAGGGAGUCAGCUAUGCAUUCUGGGACAUUUGCCCAAGAGAUCAUCACUCUGGUACAUCAUGUCAAAGAAAAUUAUUUCCAGGGUCAAGGGAUUACUCUUAAUGAACGCUUCUCUAGUGAGCAGCAUUAUACCCUUGAGGAUGAGGAUGAGUUUGCAGAAGACCAGCAAGAGCUGGAGGAAAUGGAGCCAGUCAUAAAUAGACCUCUUGGUGACUCAUCACACACACAGAUUUUCUGCAAGAUAGGGUCUUGGCAGCCACAGAGAAGGCAGGUCCCUGCUCCUGGUGAUUUAAGGCAUGACUUGGAGAGGAAGAGACAACAAAGGCUGGAGGGAGUGAAGAUCACCAUUACUGGGGGGAGCUUCUCUCAGAUGGCACCUCAGAGUCAGGAAAAUGAGCCUGCAUAUAUAGAUGAGGAAGAUGUGCAUGAUGCAGGAGUUGACUUUGACUGGCCUGUGCAGAUGCCUCAGCAAACAGAGCAGUGGGAUGGUCCUGUUCAAAAGAUGCCUGUCUCGAAUUUCGAUGCUAGACAAAAUUUCAGUCGCUUUGGCAGACGACGUGGUCCACACAUGAGAAGGAAUCCAAAUAAUGAUGCCAGCUGGUGAGGAAUGGGUUAAAGGAGUAUGGCUCUGGGUUCAAACUCAGUGCCUGCAUACAUGGGAGUAUGUCAGAUGAGCUGGUGCACAACAGCCAUUCUUUCAGUUCUUGUUUAGCUUAUAUUACCAUCUUUGUCACAGUUGAUUUUAAGGUGUUGAUCAUAUUUGAUGUACUUUUCAAUCAAACAUCCUCACAAAUUACAUACUUACAGAGCAUAUUUCAUUUAUAUUAUGCAAGAGUUUUAUAUUUUAUAGCCGUUCCUGUUUCAGUCUCAUUAAUUAAGGUCUGUGCCUUUUAUUUCACCCAUCAUUUUGUCUCUUUAAAUCUUUCUUUAAUCAAAUUAGUUAAAAUAAACUGUGUUUAUUUGAGGACCAUCUUAUACCGUCAUACAUAUAGUUUUGUAUCAAAUAAAUGUACACAGGAAAACGUCA